AUGCUAAAUAGACUUGCAUCUCUUUCAAAAAACAACUUCAUAAUGCCAAAAAGAAACUCAAGAAGAAAUAAUAAGGGGAAAAACUUCACCAGACAAAACACUGGCAACAACAAUCCUGCUUGGAAAGAAGUAGUGAGAGAAAAUGAAGUUUGGGAAGAAUAUUAUAGAGCCAUGAAUAUCAUACCAGAGAAUGAGUGGAACGACUUCAAAAGAGCUUGCCAAUCGAAUCUUCCGAUGACUUUUAGAAUAACAGGAAGUAGAAAACAUGCUGAAGAAAUUAGAAAUAUCUUUCUUGACAGACAUUACAAUAACUUGAAAGGACAGGAAUAUGAAGGAGUUGAUUUGACACCUAAGAACAUUGAAUUCUAUCCUGAUAAAUUGGGUUGGCAAAUUGAUGUCAGUAAGCAAGUCAUCAAGAAGCAAAAGGAUUUUGCCAAAACACAAAGGUUUUUAGUUGUUGAGACAGAGGUCGGCAAUAUUAGUAGGCAAGAGGCCGUUUCUAUGAUACCGCCUUUGCUCUUGGAUAUCAGGCCAGAACACUACGUUUUGGAUAUGUGUGCAGCACCUGGUUCGAAAACAGCCCAAUUGGUUGAAGCUUUACAUGCUAAUGAUGAGAAGCAAUUGCCAACUGGAUUUGUAUUAGCCAAUGAUUCCGAUUAUAAAAGAAGCCAUAUGUUGGUUCAUCAAGUCAAGAGAUUAAACUCGCCAAAUUUUUUGGUUGUCAACCACGACGCUCAAUUGUUUCCUCGUAUAAGACUUAAUGGACAUAAGGAGUACUUGAAAUUUGAUAGGAUACUUUGCGAUGUGCCAUGCUCUGGAGAUGGUACAAUGAGAAAAAAUAUCAACAUUUGGAAAGACUUUAGAACAGGUAACGCUAUCGGAUUACAUCCUUUGCAGUACAAUAUUUUGAACAGAGGCUUACAAUUGUUGAAAAAGGGAGGAAGAUUAGUCUACUCCACUUGCUCAUUAUCGCCAAUAGAGAAUGAGGCUAUAGUCGCUGAAGCUUUAAGAAAAUGGGGGGAUAAAAUAAAACUAGUUAAUGUAUCCCAUGAACUUCCAGGUUUGAAAAGACGUCCAGGAAUUUCUAAUUGGCCCGUGUUUGGUAAAGAUAUGAAACUUAAAGAAAAGGGUGAAGAAGGACUUCCUGAUUCUUUAUUUCCACCCACAAAAGAAGAGGCUGAAACAUUUGAUUUGGAUAAAUGUAUAAGAGUGUACCCACAUUUACAAAACACUGGUGGAUUCUUUAUUACUGUGUUUGAAAAAGUCGAUCCUGAAUCUACCAAGAGACUUGCUGAGGAUAGUGAUGAGGAAGAACAAGGGGUGAAAAGACAAAAAACAGGGACAUCGGGUGAGCAAAAGGCAGAUCUUUCUUCAACAGAUUCCAAACCAGUUGAAAAGAAGCUGAGAUUACCUAGAGAUGCCAAUGAGGAACCUUUUGUCUUCCUUGACCCUAGCAACGAAGAAUUAGCAAAAUGCUAUCCGUUUUACGAUUUUUCCUCCUCUUUCCCUAAAGAUUGUGCCCUUGUCAGAAAUGCGACUGGCGAACCGUUGAGAACCAUAUACUAUGUGUCACCCAUAAUCAAGGAAAUCCUUACCAUGGACGAUCAAAAAUUAAAAUUGGUCCACGGUGGUAUCAAGUUAUUUGUUGCUCAAAGAAACGAUGUUGGAAUAUGUCCCUGGAGGGUUCAAACGGAAGCAUUACAUACAAUUGAGCAUUUCAUCGGAACAAAGAGACAUUUAACUUGUAAUUUGGAGCUUUUGAAAUAUUUAUUUGUCAAUGCAUUCCCAAAAGUGGAGGAGUUAAAGAAGUCAGGUUUAGAUGAAGAAUUUUCCAAGAAAUUGGAUGCCUUGGAAGAAGGGUGUUUGUUUUUGACUGUCAAACGUGGUAAAGGUUUAGAAGAUUUGUUCUUGCCUCUUUGGAAAGGAAGGUCUAAUGUUAAUUUAAUGGUAAGUAAAAAGGAUACGCAUGAGUUACUUUACCGUGUUUUUGAUAUUGAGACUAGCGCUAAAGAUGAAGGUAAGGAACGAAUUUAUCAAGAACAAGUAGAGGCAGCCAAGAAAGCAAGGGCGAGGGCUGAGAUACUGUCGACUGAGCCAGAGGAGUUGGUACAAAGCACAAUUGAACCAGAGUCACCAAAGAGUGAAACUGAGGAAGGGGCAGAGUCCGAGAAAUAG